GAGUGCGGGUGUGCGGGGCUGCCGCUACCAUGUCCCUGCAGGCUGAUUUUGAUCAGGCAGCCGAAGAUGUAAGGAAGCUGAAAGCAAGGCCAGAUGAUGAAGAACUGAAAGAACUCUACGGGCUCUACAAACAAUCUGUAAUUGGAGACAUCAAUAUCGAGUGUCCAGGAAUGUUAGAUUUGAAAGGCAAGGCUAAGUGGGAAGCAUGGAACCUCCAAAAAGGAUUAUCGAAGGAAGAUGCCAUGAAUGCCUAUAUUUCUAAAGCAAAAGAGCUGAUAGAAAAAUAUGGAAUUUAGAAUCCAGACUAUGAAAAAACUUUCCUUCUGAAGCCUUCGUAAUGGUAUCAUGACCUAACAUUAGCAGAGAAAUGCACUGUUAACUCUUUACGCAUCAUGAAUGUUUUUGCUAGUAAUGUGAAUUAUAGUCCUUAAUUAAGAGGUAUAAUGAAACUGCACAUUUAAGGAAAUGUUACUUGCUAAGACAAGGUAAAUUUUUUUCACACUUAAAAAAUUAUCUUUAGCCCUAGCUGGUAUGGCUCAGUGGACUGAGUGCUGGCCUGUGAACCAAAAAGUCACGGGUUCAAUUCCCGGUCAGGGCACGUGCAUGGA